AUGAGCGAGCAAAUCUCACAGGUUGAAGAAUCGGCAACACCAUUGACUGGUGUUACGAAUCAGAACGAACAACAGCAACAAGAACGAGAACAAGAACAAGAACAACAAAAACAACAAGGAACCGAGCACACGUCUCAAGCACAAAAUGAAAAGACCAAUGUCGAUGGUUCACCAGGACUCGCUCGUGUUCCUGGCAGCUACGAUAUAAAUGGACUCGAUGACAACAAGUAUAGCGAGCUUACAGAGACAAUAAAAAAUAAUAGAAGCGAAUUCGAAUUGAAUUCAGGGAAUGAACAACACAGCAUAGAUGAGGUUCCAUUGGAAGACGACAGCUUGAAAUUCCAGCCAGCCUUAAAUGACACGAAGACCACGGCCGUUUCUGGACCGGGUCCCUUGCUUGAAGAUUUCAGACCAACUCUUGAUCCUGGUAAGGGCUCCAGGUAUGGGUCCAAUGACUCCAAAUUAAGCCCAGUGAUCCACCAGGAAGGGUUUGCACAAGACGACAACGAAAGCAAUCGUUCAACAGGAACCCCUAAUAUACUUCACGAUGACACGUUGGAAAAAAUCCCAACUAUUGACGAUGAAAACAUCGAUGAUCCAAGCAACAACUAUGGUAAUGACGAGAAUGUGCCCGAACAGGUACGUGCCGAACAUGCGCCUAUUGUAAAUGUGCAAGACGAGGAGGAAGAAGAAGAGGAAGAGGAAGAAGAAGAUGACGAAGAAAAUAGUUCGAUUGAAGAUGACUCUAUAGACGACGACACAGUCGACGUGAGCCAGUCAACCAUAAAUCCUGAUCCCUCAACCAUAAAUACGACAGCAGGUAGUCCCAGAUUUUCCACAUCUACUACCAAACAGCAACAACAUGUUCAGCUGAUGGUAACGGAUAAUGUUACACAGAGAGUAUCCAAUUUGGGGGUUUCGGAUGAAGAGAGUAACCCAUCAUCGUCCACGAUCCACGACAAGUCAUUCCCCUUGGAUUGGAGAAGCCAAUCUUCGCAAUCUGUGAUAAGGUCUCCGCCUCCCGCUGUAGCAUCCAAUACUACCCCAGCUAUGAAUGGAGCUGGCAAUAAUGAAAACAACAAAACAUUCCAGACUCCUCCAGCUAAUAGUACUCAACAUGCUUAUACCACUGCUGCGAUCACUCCUGUUCUACAACAACCACCUAAGUUCAAUCAACCCGGAUCUGUAACGAAUUCCCCAAGAGAAAAUCUUGGAAUGGGAUUACAUCAAAACAACAACAACACUAGCAAUCAAAAUAACAACAACAAUAGUAAUGGCGGCAUUUUUAGUACGCCGUCGCCUUCAUCGAAGUCCGGAAAGAAGAGAAAGAGUGGGAACCGUGUAAAAGGUGUGUUCUCUAAUAUGUUUGGUAAGAAGUUAUCAAACUCUCAAAAUAAUGCAACUUCACCCGAAAGCAGCAUAUCAUCCAUUAACAUGAAGAUUUCUACACCCUUCAAUGCAAAGCACGUCGCUCAUGUUGGAGUGGAUGACGAUGGUUCAUACACUGGCUUGCCAAUUGAAUGGGAGAGAUUAUUGUCAGCAAGUGGUAUAUCCAAGACUGAACAAAGACAGCAUCCACAAGCGGUUAUGGACAUUGUGGCAUUCUACCAAGACACAAAUGAAAACCCCGAUGAUAAUGCAUUUAAAAAGUUCCACUAUGACAACAACAACAGUAAUUUAUCUGUGAAUGCUACUCCUCCUCCAACUCCUGGAGGAACUAGGAAUGGAUCUGGAAUUUCAACUACUAGUGGAUCUACAGGAUCAGCGCCCACAGGACCUCCACCAUCACUGUUCUUCCAAACACCAGUACAGAAUCAACAAUCCGAAUUCCCAGCAACUUCUACACCCCAGACUAUAAGCACGAACACUUCAUAUGAAACUCAAUUUAUUCCAAGUAGACCAGCUCCAAAACCUCCUGGAUCCAAUGGCGGACCUGGAUCCAUUGCGUCUCCCACAAGUUCACAUUUCUCCAACACAUCACCUUCUAAAAAGAAUUCAUUUAUGGGUAGAUCAUUUUCCGCAAAGUCUAUUAAAUCUAUGAGAAGUGGAAACUCUAGAAAGUACAGUGAAAGUGGUAAGAUCCCAAUUCCAUCGCAACCGCUCCCUACUAGCUCAAAUAUUAAUAGCACUAGCUCCGUCUUCAACGAUACCAAUUUGAGUAGUGGUGGAAUACCUAAAUCCAAGUCCCAUAACUAUUCACUUGCUAACAAGGCAAAGCAACAUAAUAACGAGCAUAAGGGAAGCACAACUGCACCAAUUUACCAAUCUGAGAAAUUUGGAAAGAAAGACAGUGAAACUGAUGAGCUGAUUGUUUUACCCAAGAGAGAAAGACAGAGCGAAUUGAAGACCCAUCGUCCCCCUCCACCACCACCAGUGAACAAAAAUAGUAGCAACAAUAACCACCACAAUGAGGUUCUGCCUAAGAGCCAGUACGAAGAAGUAGAAGAAACCCCACUUUCUCCUCGCUUCCAUCAACUGCCUCACACUCAACCACCUCAAUCUCAGCCACCACAAGCACACGUACAGGCACAAGCUCAUGCACAAGCACAAGCCCACUCGCAGGACCAGGCUCAAUCACAAUCACAUUCUCACGGUGAUGGAGAGGAGCGUAAGAAACAACCAACAAGAGACCCUAAACAGGCCGCGUUACUUGCACAAAAGAAAAGAGAAGAUAAGAGAAGAAAGAACCAACAAAUUGUCAGUAAGUUACAAUCUAUUUGUUCCGAGGGUAAUCCUUCCGAUUACUACAGAGACUUAGUAAAGAUCGGGCAAGGUGCAUCUGGAGGUGUUUAUAUAGCUCACAGUAACACCAAUGAUAACAGAGCUGUCGCUAUCAAGCAAAUGAACUUGGAGCAACAGCCAAAGAAAGAAUUGAUCAUUAAUGAAAUCUUAGUUAUGAAGGGAUCCAAGCAUCCUAACAUUGUCAACUUCAUUGAUUCAUAUUUACUUAAAGGGGAUUUAUGGGUUAUCAUGGAAUACAUGGAAGGAGGAUCUUUGACUGAAAUUGUCACUCAUAGUGUUAUGACUGAGGGGCAGAUUGGAGCAGUUUGUAGAGAAACUUUGAAGGGAUUGAAAUUUUUGCAUUCCAAGGGAGUUAUCCAUAGAGAUAUUAAAUCUGACAACAUUCUUUUGAGCAUUGAUGGGAAUAUCAAGAUGACCGAUUUUGGAUUCUGUGCUCAGAUUAAUGAAAUCAAUUUGAAGAGAACUACGAUGGUGGGAACUCCAUACUGGAUGGCACCUGAGGUUGUGAGUAGAAAGGAAUACGGUCCAAAGGUGGACAUUUGGUCAUUGGGUAUCAUGACAAUCGAAAUGAUUGAAGGAGAGCCUCCAUAUCUUAACGAAACUCCCUUAAGAGCGUUAUACUUGAUUGCUACCAAUGGAACACCAAAGUUGAAGGAACCAGAAGCAUUGAGUUAUGACAUGAGAAAAUUUUUAGCAUGGUGUUUGUUGGUUGAUUUUAACAAGAGAGCAGAUGCUGAUCAAUUGUUGGCUGAUAAGUUUAUUCAAGAGGCUGACGAUGUUAGCAGCUUAUCGCCAUUGGUUAAGAUUGCAAGAAUGAAAAAGGCAGCCGAAGGAAUGGAAGAAUAA